UUUUAGCUGGUCACGUGGGUCAGCGUGAGUCACAAGACCAACAAUAUGGCUGCCUACUCGACUAGUUACGGCUAGCUGCUAAAAUCCGUUCAAACCACGUUUAAUCGCGUAGAAUCGAAAUAAAGACUGGCUCCGUGAUCAGAUAUCUUUCUAACCAAUAUUAGUGAGAUCAGCAUCAUGGCGACUUCGUUUGUUGUCGGUGAGAAAUUCAGACGUCGUGUGAGAGAGUUGCUGGAGAACCCAAAUUCAGCUCUGCCUCUAGAAUUAAAGGAAGAACUGGAGGGCUUUCUAGAAAAAUGCCAUUCACCAAUUCUAUCGUUCCAAACGGCUCGAAGACUUUACCAACACCUGCAGGACGAAGCUCAUCCUCUCUACCUGUAUGAGUUCCUGGAGGACAGCUCACUGCACCUCCCUGAAGCUGUCAAGCCUCCCAGAAACCCUGAGCUGGAGGCACGACUGGAGAGAAUCAAAGCCAGACUGGCAAACGAGGAAUACAACAAGAUGACUCGGAACGUUAACACCCAGAGGGUGAUCUCAGCUGUGAUCGUGGCAUCCGUGGUUGGGCUGGCUGAGCUCUAUGUCCUGGUCCGGACCAUGGAAGGAGAACUUGGGGAACCAUAGCACCUUACAAUACAUUUUUAGGUUAUUUGUAAUUAUCAUUAUUGUUGUUGUUAGUGAAAUGGUUUGAAUUCUCUUUCCUUUUUAAAUGUUUGUUCGUCCUGCUUUUGUAAUGUCUCCUUGGCUCUGCUUCGUUAAAUAAACCAAGCUCUUCCUUAAUAAAA